UCCUCCCGCUCUGCCUAGGGAGAGCUGGGGAGCCCUAGUCUGGCCGGAGUUGGCUGGAGCUGUUGCCAUGACAAGCAUUUUCUUAAGACAGCUCUUGCUGUUGAGCCGGUCUUAGGUUGGGGGUGGGGUAGGGGCACGAACUUCCUGGGGGACCAUCCCUCCGAAGACACAGGAGGUCAGACACCCGCCCAGCUCCCUGCACCCAUUUUCUUCCAAGAAGGUCUUUUGCGUGGAAGGGCUGAGGAAGAAGACCCAGCCCACUCCCCCCCGUGCUGUAGCUAAAAGGCCAGUGCGCAAAGCCAGCAUCACUAGGUGGUUUGCCACACCGGGGAGAGCAGUGGGUGGUCACCCCACCCUAUUCGGUCCAUGGAAACGCGGAGGGAGAGUCCCGCUCGGAGACACCUGGAUCUUUGCUAGAAAGAGAGAGACCUAGCUGUCAUCGUUAUCGAGGGAGCCCUCCUCUUUCUCCUGACGCUGCUCUACCAUCGCAAUUGCUGGUUGUUGCUAAGGUUGCCUCCAUGGUAACAUGCGUAUCCUGUUUACACUUCUAUAUGGACAAGUAGUCUAAGUUAGGAACCUACCUACUCUGGACAACUAUUUCCAUCACCACCCAGAGGACACCAAUCUUCGUGACACCAAGUCCGUCUUCUACUAAGUUCCCCCAACCUCUUCCUCCUCGCACAAGUAGAGUUGAUACAGAAAAAAGGAUCUAGGCUUGGUGUUACUACUUGAAGUUUAUUGCACAAGAUAUUGUCAAUUUAUCCCCUAACUGCGCCCCCAGAGAAGAAAGAAGUGGGAAGAAACAGGAAUAGAAGGCAAGAGACACUGAUCAGUUGGAGGGAAACUCUACAUCUUCUCUGGUAGAGAGUCUGGUAACCACAGGCAAAAUGACGAACUCAUCAGGACAUUUGCCGGCCAACGCAGUAGCUGAGAGCUAUGAAGGGGAGUUUGGCUGCACAUUAAUGGACCUGAGGAAGCUCAUGGAGCUUCGAGCAGCUGAUGCAGUGACCCAGAUUAAUACCCAUUAUGGAGGUGUACAGGAUAUCUGCGCUAGACUGAAAACCUCCCCUAUAGAAGGUUUAUCUGGAAACCCUGCAGAUUUGGAGAAGCGUAGACUUCUUUUUGGACGGAACGUGAUACCUCCGAAAAAGCCCAAGACUUUCUUAGAACUAGUGUGGGAAGCCCUGCAGGAUGUCACUCUUAUCAUCCUGGAGAUUGCAGCCAUCAUCUCCCUGGUCCUGUCCUUCUAUCGACCUCCCGGCGGAGACAAUGAAACCUGUGGUCACAUUGCAAGUAACCCAGAUGACGAGGCAGAAGGAGAAACUGGCUGGAUUGAGGGGGCAGCCAUUCUCGCCUCGGUGAUCAUUGUGGUAUUGGUGACAGCCUUUAAUGACUGGAGCAAAGAGAAGCAGUUCCGGGGGCUGCAGAGUCGCAUUGAACUCGAGCAAAAAUUCUCCAUUAUCCGGAAUGGUCAGCUCAUCCAACUCCCAGUGGCUGAGAUUGUGGUUGGAGACAUUGCCCAGGUCAAAUACGGUGACCUGCUGCCCGCGGAUGGAAUCCUGAUCCAGGGGAAUGAUCUGAAGAUUGACGAGAGCUCUCUUACGGGAGAAUCGGAUCAUGUCAAGAAGACUGCAGACAAAGACCCCAUGUUGCUCUCAGGGACUCACGUGAUGGAAGGUUCCGGUCGGAUGGUAGUGACUGCUGUGGGCGUCAACUCCCAGACUGGCAUCAUCUUCACUCUCUUGGGGGCUAGUGAGGAAGAGGAUGACGACAACGACGAAAAGAAGAAGAAAGGUAAAAAACAAGGAGUCUCUGAAAAUCGCAACAAAGCAAAGACCCAGGACGGAGUGGCCUUGGAAAUCCAGCCACUCAACAGCCAAGAGGGUGCCGACAAUGAGGAAAAGGAGAAGAAAAUAAGCAAGGCGCCCAAGAAGGAGAAGUCGGUGCUACAGGGCAAGCUCACGCGCCUGGCUGUGCAGAUCGGGAAGGCGGGUCUGCUCAUGUCCACCCUCACAGUUGUCAUCUUGAUUCUAUACUUUGUGGUUGACAAUUUCAUAAUCCAGCACAGAGCGUGGCUACCCGAGUGUACUCCUGUCUACAUCCAGUAUUUUGUCAAGUUCUUCAUCAUCGGCGUCACUGUACUGGUAGUGGCUGUGCCAGAGGGGCUGCCAUUGGCUGUCACCAUCUCAUUGGCCUACUCCGUGAAGAAAAUGAUGAAGGACAACAACUUGGUACGGCAUUUGGAUGCUUGUGAGACAAUGGGCAACGCCACAGCCAUCUGCUCUGACAAGACAGGCACGCUGACCAUGAACCGCAUGACAGUGGUACAGGCCUACGUUGGAGGCACUCAUUACCGCCAGGUCCCAAACCCUAAUGUCUUCCCACCCAAGGUUCUGGACCUCAUAGUCAAUGGCAUUUCUAUCAACUCCGCUUACACGUCUAGGAUUCUGCCUUCGGAAAGGGAGGGAGGCCUACCCCGGCAAGUAGGCAACAAGACAGAGUGUGCCCUGCUGGGCUUCGUCACAGAUCUGAAGCAGGAUUACCAAGCAGUCCGCAAUGAGAUCCCUGAGGAAAAGCUCUUCAAGGUGUACACCUUUAACUCGGUGCGCAAGUCCAUGAGCACCGUCAUCAGGAAGCCCGAAGGCGGCUUCCGCAUGUUCAGCAAGGGAGCCUCUGAGAUAAUGCUGCGCAAAUGUCAUCGAAUCCUGGACAAGGAAGGAGAAAUCAUUCCAUUCAAAAGUAAGGACCGAGAUGAUAUGGUCCGCAAAGUCAUUGAGCCCAUGGCCAGCGAAGGACUCCGGACUAUCUGCAUAGCUUACCGGGACUUUGAUGAAGCAGAGCCCAAUUGGGAAAACGAGGGUGAAAUCCUCAUUGAACUGACCUGCAUUGCCGUGGUGGGCAUUGAGGACCCUGUGCGCCCAGAGGUGCCAGAUGCAAUUGCCAAAUGCAAACGGGCUGGCAUUACAGUCAGAAUGGUGACGGGUGAUAACGUCAACACGGCACGGGCCAUCGCCACCAAAUGUGGCAUUCUGACCCCUGGAGAUGACUUCUUGUGCUUAGAAGGCAAAGAAUUUAACAGGAUUAUCCGCAAUGAGAAGGGCGAGGUCGAACAAGAAAAGUUGGACAAGAUCUGGCCCAGGCUUCGGGUGCUGGCACGAUCUUCUCCCACAGACAAGCACACGCUGGUGAAAGGUAUCAUUGACAGCACUGUUGGGGAACAGCGGCAGGUGGUAGCUGUCACCGGUGACGGAACAAAUGACGGGCCCGCUCUAAAGAAAGCAGACGUUGGUUUUGCCAUGGGUAUUGCAGGCACGGAUGUGGCUAAGGAGGCGUCAGACAUCAUCCUGACCGAUGACAACUUCACCAGCAUUGUGAAGGCAGUGAUGUGGGGACGGAACGUGUACGACAGCAUUUCCAAGUUCCUGCAGUUCCAGCUCACCGUCAACGUGGUGGCCGUGAUUGUGGCUUUCACUGGAGCCUGUAUCACUCAGGAUUCCCCACUGAAAGCAGUACAGAUGUUGUGGGUUAACCUGAUCAUGGACACAUUUGCUUCCCUGGCCCUGGCCACAGAGCCCCCGACUGAUUCUCUGUUGAGGCGUCGCCCCUACGGGCGAAACAAGCCCCUGAUCUCGCGCACCAUGAUGAAGAACAUCUUGGGCCACGCGAUGUAUCAGCUCUCCAUCAUCUUCUUCCUUGUCUUUGCUGGUGAGAAGAUAUUUGACAUUGACAGUGGGAGGAAGGCACCUCUCCACGCACCGCCCAGCCAGCACUAUACCAUUGUUUUCAACACCUUCGUGCUGAUGCAGCUCUUCAACGAAAUCAACUCUCGGAAGAUCCACGGCGAGAAGAACGUCUUUGCAGGCAUCUACCGCAACGUCAUUUUCUGCUCUGUAGUUUUAGGCACAUUCUUCUGCCAGAUUUUGAUCGUGGAAUUAGGGGGUAAGCCCUUCAGCUGUACGAGCCUCUCCCUGGAGCAGUGGCUGUGGUGUCUCUUCAUAGGGAUUGGAGAACUUUUGUGGGGCCAGGUCAUCUCUGCAAUACCUACCAAGUCUCUGCCGUUCCUGAAGGAGGCUGGCCUUGGCACUAUCAAAGAGGAGAUUAAGGGUGUCGAGGGACUGGAUGAGAUCGAUCUUGCUGAGGUGGAGCUGCGCCGAGGCCAGAUCCUCUGGUUCCGUGGCCUGAACCGGAUUCAGACUCAGAUCGAUGUAAUUAACACAUUCCAGACCGGAACCUCUUUUAAGGGAGUCCUAAAACGACAGACCAUGACUGAACAGCCUGAUGUAAAACUGGCUCCUAGCUCCUAUUCAAUCAAAGUGGUCAGAGUGUUCCAUAAUGUCCAUGGUGCCAUGCACAAACCCAGGAACCAAAGCUCCAUCCACAACUUCAUGACCCCACCUGAAUACGCCGCAGAUGAUGAAUGUCCACCGUCAUUCGCGGAAGACCAAGAGGAAGGUCCUGACCAGGUUCCUAAGGCGGGGACUAAGGUGCUUCUGUUGGAUGGAGAGGCUGCUCCUAAUGACAACCAAAACAACAAUGCCGUGGAUAGCAACCAAGUGCAAACUGUUGCCUCCCGUUCCAACAGCCCUCUGCAGAGCCUGGAGACAUCAGUUUGAACUUCCAUUCUCUGAUUCCCAUCCCUGCUUUCCCUGUCUCUUUUGUCAUCUGUCCCAUCUAUAAGGUGAUGAUGGGACUUGUCACUGUUAUGUCAGCUGCUCCUAAGUGUGAGAGAACCCCCACCUGACCAUGAAGAAGCAAGAGCACAGACCUACAAGGAUUCAGUCAAACCUUGGGCAGGCAAUGGGAGAUCUCCUCCUUAGGUAUAUCAGUUGUCAUUUUUCAAAAAAUGAUGAUAUAGUCCUCCUGGUCCCACCCAACUCAGUCUCCACAGCAUUCCCACAUGUGUCCCCACCUCCCAACUUGGAAAUUUUAUUCUCCAAGUUUCUGCCAUUUACAAGCUAAGCUGUGGGCUCAGGGAGAGACAAAUGCCCUGUGUUUGGGUUUCAGUAGAGAGAUUAUUCUCAAAACAUUUUUUCCUGUUUUGAAAAUGUCCACUCUGAGCCCUCCAGCUCUUUCUGCCCUUCAGUCUGGCAUCCCCAAGGUUCUUUGGAUCUUCUCUGAUCCUUAUCAUCCUUCCUUUUCCUCU